AGGACAUGUCUGGAAAGCCGAAACUGCAUUUUCAGGCGCUCCUCAUUGCGAACGAGCAGCGGAACGUAUAUGGUCUACGCUACAAUGACUAUGAACGUUACAGGAAGCACUGUUACAACCGUACACAUCGACUCCGCUCGUCCCUCAAGAUGACCUACGGCAGAGGUCGCGAAUUCAAAAAGCUGCCUCCAAUCAGCCUCGAUACAAUCAAGGAGGGACACCUGCAGCUGCUCUUGUUCGAGGCGGAGCGUGCAUGGGCGCACUCGCAAGAGAUGUACCAAGAAUCCCUCAAGCUCGCUAACGAUGCAAAAACUCUGAAAGGUGCAGCAGCAGAUCAAGCCGAAAAGCAAUCCAAUGCCAACCGCAAGCAUGCAACGCGGCGGAUGCGCCGUGCUAUCCACUGGGCGACGCAGCUUCUCUCACACUGCCAAGCUUUAUACGCUCAGUCGCGACUCUCCGCCGAGGACCUCGUGCAGAUCACCACGUAUACUCUCAAUCUCAACGGUCGAUUUCUCCGGCAACGCUACGAGUUCGAGGAUGCGCUCGUGCAGCUGAGCGUUGCUCGCAAUCUGCUAGAUGCACUUGCCUCCGCCGCUGCGACGAGUCGUGCACAAGCCUUGGCUAUAGCAUUCGCGGACGAGAUUGGGCCGGAGAUCCGCCAUGCCGCACACGAGCUCCACAGGGACAAGGCGUACGACGUCGACGCGGUUGUCGCGGACGUGGCCCCGAAACACAGAAAUGCGCUCGUGCAGGGCUGCGAUGGUCUUCUCGCACGCUUGAAGGAGGAAAGUGGGGCGGCUGUUCAAAAUAAGGGCAAGCUGAAGGAACUGUUGUGGGAGGGAGAGCCGGUACCUGUGCGGAACCCGGAGUUGGUAGACGUGCUGCUGAAGGUGCAGGAAGCAGAGGAGAGGUUGGGCGACUCAGACAAGGCAGAAGAGAAGAGCGAGCAGCCUGUGUCGGAAGAGAAGGGCAAGAAGGGGAAGCAGGGCAAGAGUGCACGAUCGAAACGAGGUGUCGCUUCGUAUGAUGCAAUUUUGCUCGCGCUCAGUGAGGCUGAGGACGUCUCUCGCAAGUUGGUCGAGGCGCGGAAGUUGAGUGGGACGACCGCUGCUGCGGGUACGCGGGACAACCAGUUCGUGCACGCCUAUAUCGUCUACCAGCUCCUCUCCCGCCGUGUGCAGCGCGACCUUCUCCUGACGUCCGCGCUCCUCCACCAACUACACGCCGCGCAGAAGAGCCAUCGUGACGCCGGCUCAUCGCGCAAGGUACAAGUGGACGCGCGCCUGUAUCCGGCCAUCGUCAAGCUGCUCGACUCCGUCCUCCAAUCGCUCGAACAGAUGCGCACGCUCUCUAUCGUCGACGAAAGCCCCGACCUCGCGACGGCUGUCGACGCGCGAAUCUCGUUCACCAAGGCCCGCAGAUGCUACUACCUAUCCUGGUGCUACGCUCCGCUCAAGAAGUACGCAGAGGCGCUCGCGCUCACGCAGCACGCCUCAAUCCACCUGCGCGAAUGCCGUUCCACGCUCACCCCUACGAUCGAGACGGAUGCGAUCAACGAUGGCGAGCCGGCAUUCUACUCGCUUGAUGUACAAGACCUCAACAGGUUCGAGGAGGAGCUCGUGCUGGAGAGCACGGGAUUCAAGAACGACUGGUUCGCGUACAACGGCGGCACACUCGACGGGGAGAGCGGCAAGACCCACAAGAAACCACUCUUCUUCGACAUCGCGCUCAACUACAUCAACUUGGACAUGGAUCGGCUUCAGGAGCGGGCUGGGAAGGUGCCGCCUUCUGUGACGGCUCCUGUUGCUGCGCCUGCGCCUCAGGUGGCGGAGAAGAAGACUCAGGUACAAAGGGCUAAAGUUGAGGAAAUCGAGCGGGCUGCUACGCCUGAGCCAACGCCACAAGCCCGUGGUGGUCUAGGUGGCCUCCUUGGAGGAUGGUGGGGUAGGCGAUAGACAGAGUUCAUGCAACGAUACAUGCCUGUGUAGGAUCUAUCUGUUGUACUAUUCGAAAAUAUUUCAUUUGCCUGGUGAUGUGCCACAUGUGUGAUAUAUGCGUCUCGUUUGCAGAAAUCACUUCAUGCCAUUCACGUCGAGAAUAGCUUUCAUUCGCACAUGACUGAUUCGCCCUGUAGCUCGCUUUGAUCUUGCAUGGUUGUGAAAUUUACAAGGAGACUGCCCGCCCAGUCUUCGUCGAAAGGCAAGUACAUAUAUGAGGAAAGGAUAGCGACGACCAACAGCCGGACGGGAACUGCGCUCCGAUCGCCCUCCAUCAUCUUCGCAGCAGCAAUACGGAGCAUAGCAGUCAUAAUGCAUAGGUGCCCAAGCCCAGGCAGUCUGCGGACAUACUGGCUCACGGACGGCCAGCACCAGGGACGUUGCGGCGUUCCCUCCGGGGUCCCCGCUCGGCCUGUUGCGUUGCAGGCUGGACGACCGAAAAGGGGAUGGAGUCGAAGUUGAGGGAGUGGAGGAGGUCCUUGGUGUCGGGAUCAAUUUCCAGAGGAUUGACGGUGAUGUCGAGGGCGGAGACCUCGGGAACGUAGUUGUCCUUGCGCUCGCGCUCCUCCUCCUGGAGCUUGAAGGAGAUGCCACGGACGGGGCCUUUCUGAAUCCGCUUCAUCAAGUGAGUCGUGAAGCCGGCAAUUUUGUUCCGGAGACGUUUCGAGGGGACGGAAGCGACUUCAUCGAUGAUACGCUUGUUCGUGUGGAAAUCGAGAGUAAGACGAGGGUAGUACUUCUCGAUGAGGACACGGGAGGCCCUUUUGGUGGUCUUGGUGCGUACGCGACCCAUCUUGAAUAUUGCGGAGGGUGGAGGGGCUUGAGCUUGAUGUAGACGAC